UAAAAAUGGAUCAAGAUUUAAAUCAGAAUUUAAUUAAGUUAAGCUUACUUUUGAGAUAGUAGAAUGUUAAAAAACCUAUUUAUAAUCCUUCUAAAUAUUCUAAUUUACAUCUCUUGUUAGCAAGAUCAGUUAGUAUUAGCACUGAAUCAUCUUCCAGAAUAAUUUAAAUCAAAUCUAAUUUGAAUACAUAAAAUACUACCAAAGUUCAAUUUAAUCCAUAAGAAAAGUAAAACCUUAUUUUAUUAUGAUGUCCAGAUAUUUUGUCAGUAGAAGAAUGUCAUUGGCAAAAUAAUUAAAAACUUGUGAUUCAUAUGUAUAAAAACGUAAAAUUGAAAGUCAAUUUAUGAAAACUGAUAAUCUAUGUGGUUUAAAGAGAGUAUUCGAAAUCGGAAACACGAUUCUUUGA